AUGGCAACCGUUUCCAAUGAUCGAAUUCCCACCAAUCUCCCGAUUCUUGAUUCGAAGAACUAUGAUAAAUGGGCAAAACAAAUGAGGGUUUUGUUUGGUUAUCAAGAGGUGCUUGAGAUCGUCGUCAAUGGAGUUACACAAUUAGGGGUAGAGACUACCAACAUUCAAAGAGCUACACACAAAGAAGAGAAGAAGAAGGAUUACAAAACCCUAUUCUUGAUUCAUUCUUGUGUUGAUAACGACAAUUUCGAGAAGAUUGGCGAUUGUGAAUCGGCGAAGCAAGCAUGGGAAAUGUUGGAGAAAGCAUAUGUGGGUGUCGUCAAAGUGAAGGUUGUAAGGUUACAAACUUACAUGCGACAAUUCGAGUUAACACAAAUGGAAGAUAAAGAAACGAUUUACGACUACAUUACGUGCAUUACUCGGUUAGUUAAUCAAAUCAAAUCUUGUGGGGAAACGAUUCUUGAGCAGAAUGUUGUAUCGAAAGUAUUGCGUUCGUUAACGCCGCGUUUCGACAACAUAGUUGUGGCUAUUGAAGAAUCAAAGGAUCUAACAACUUUGAGCAAGGAUGAAUUGCAAAGUUCGUUAGAGGCACAUGAACAAAGGAUGGAUGAGAGAGGCGCCGACAAAGCCAAAGCGGAGAUGGCUUUGCAAGCGCGUUUCAAUGAGAAGAAUAAGAGGUCGAAAGGAAAAUUUGCGGCGAGAGGUAAAUCAAAUUUUCAGAAUUUUGGUUCAAAUGAUUCACAAAAUUCAAAGCAUUCGACGAGUGAAAAGGGUGAAAGUAGCUCCAAGGAUAGUGGUCAUAGCAAUGGUUUCAAGAAGCGUGAUGUGAGUAAGGUGCAAUGCUACAAGUGCAGAAAGUUUGGACACUUUACAAAUUCGUGUCGUGGUAAAUCGAAUGAGAAUCACAAUAAUGAAGCCAAGGUUGCUAGAGAAGACGUAGAUGAUGAGGAAACACUUCUAGUAAUUAUCACGGAGGAGAGUUAUGGCAUUACGGAUGUUCUGGGCAGCAGCUACAGUAGUGACAGUUUGCGGGACAGCAGCUGUACCGUUCCAGAAAAUAGCGAGAAAAUGCAUUCGGAUCAAAAUGCAUUGGUUACCGUUCGUGAUGGAGUCCAAGGGAGAGAUGAGUGGUACUUGGAUUCCGGUUGUUCAACAUAUUUGACGGGUCGAAAAGAUUGGUUUGUGCAAAUCAAUCAAGCGGCAAAAAGUAAAGUCAAAUUUGCCGACGACACCACUUUAAGCGUCGAAGGGGUAGGAGAUGUUUUGAUCGGAAAAAGGAAUGGUGGACAUUCAAGGAUCAAAGAUGUCUUGUAUUAA